CGGAAGUACUUCACAAAAAGUAGUCCGGGGAACACCACCGGUCAGUUGGCGACAAAUUACGACUGUCAGCGCACAACACGAUGGCUUACAGACAGUUGGCCCGCAGGGUUUGGACCCGUUCUGUGAAAGACGUUCGCUGCUCGCCCCCUCCUGCAUCCCGCUUCUCCCCUGCUUCCGUUCAUCGCUGCACACCUACCCAGCAGCCCAGGUCUCCUUUGCUGACCCUGUCCCGCCCCCUGUCUCUGACGCCCCACUAUCGUGUUUGCUUCAAUGUGCAAGACACAGAAGAUUUCACAGAGAGAGUCAUCAACAGCAGCCUGCCUGUGCUGGUGGACUUCCAUGCUCAGUGGUGUGGACCCUGCAAAAUCCUGGGACCACGGCUGGAGAAGGCAGUUGCCAAACAGCAGGGCCGUGUUGCUAUGGCCAAAGUAGACAUUGAUGAUCACACUGACCUGGCCAUUGAGUAUGGGGUGUCGGCAGUACCCACAGUGAUUGCCAUGCGGGAUGGUCAUGUCAUUGACCAGUUUGUUGGGAUCAAAGAUGAAGACCAGCUGGACUCUUUUGUUGGCAAGCUCAUUGGAUAGUGAACCUGACAUGUUCUCCACCUGUCCCAAUAUACUACCCAUCCCCCUUUCCCUUAUCCUUCUGUUCCCAUUGGUCCUUGACUGAUCCUG